UGCAUGUUAUACACGAGUCUUGCGUUCAUUUCGACACCGAUUUGCCUGAAUUCAGAACUCAUGGGGGAGUGAAUCAAAACCCAGACCAACACACGGCGACGGCCCCACCCGUCAUGUGGAUUAAGGCAUUGGAUCUGGUGUUAGAGAGGCUGAAGAUUGAUGGUAUCGAUUACAGUACAGUUGUGUCCAUAUCUGGUUCGGGUCAACAACACGGAAGUGUCUAUUGGAAGAGAGGGGCCAUCCAUACGCUCAAGAGCUUAAACGCCAAUAACUUUCUGCACAACCAAUUGUCUCAGUGUUUCUCGUGUCGCGAUUCGCCGGUUUGGAUGGACUCGAGUACAACACAACAG